CACGUUUGCUGCUUCCCUGGCCAUGCUCGUCCGGAUACAGCCCUAUCCCAUUUCUCUUCCUGUUUCUGGCUUUCCUGUGAUUCAAAUGUUUGAUAGCACUACAUACCCAUUAGAUAGCUGUUGAUGUACAGCCGUGCCUUACGGUAGCUGUGGCAAAGCAAUGGUUUUUAUGCUACAUUUCCUUGUAUCACGGUCACAUUCUCAGUGCAUUACCCUAACUUUCUGAUUACGAUAGUCAGCGUUUGAUAUACUCUCACACCUGCAUCUUCGUUUGCCUUGAGUCUCCACGCUUUCUCCCAGCAUGAAAAUCGCAUGUCUCCAAUACGCGCCAGAAGUUGGCAACCUCAGUGGCAACAUUGCAAAGGCGAACGCCAUCCUUGAGGAAGCUGUUGCGACCGGCAGUACCGAAGGUCUCGAGUGGCUUCAUUUGCCCGAGCUCGCGCUUACUGGUUACAACUUUCACUCGUUGGCUCAGAUCUCUCCGUUCCUGGAGCCUACCGCCUCCGGAACAUCGACCAAAUGGGCUGUGGAGUGGGCAAAGCACUUGCGCUGCCAUGUAACCAUCGGGUACCCAGAGAAGGCCUCCGAUGAUGGCACCAGAAACUACAACAGCACUGUGACAGUGUCACCAGCUGGUGAGGUCCUGUUGAACUACCGAAAAACAUUCCUCUACUACACGGACGAGACCUGGGCGCAAGAGGGCGACAACCGCUUCUUUGCCGGACCGCUUGGUACCCUUGGCCCCGUAUCAAUGGGCAUUUGCAUGGACAUCAACCCGCACAAGUUUCUUGCGCCAUGGAACCACUACGAGUUUGCUAAUCAUGCACUGCAACAUUCAAGUCCACUCAUUGCGCUCAACAUGGCCUGGUUGACGCGCCUCACGCCCGAUGAGCUACUAACUCAACCUCCCGGUCCGGAUCAGGAGACGCUGGCUUACUGGCUCGAGCGCUUCUACCCACUGAUUGGUGCUUCCAAGGACGAUGCUGUGUGCCUGAUCAUGGCGAACCGGAGCGGCAUCGAGGGCGGUGUAGCGUAUGCGGGAACGAGCACGGUUAUCAGGAUUGAGAGGGGCAGGACUCAAAUUUAUGACAUCCUGGGGAAGACAGACCAAAGGUUGUUGGUUGUAGAUACGGCUGAAGCACCUAAGUACGCAGUGACGACUGGAACGGCGGCGGGUUAAGGUGCUUAGACAUGAGCAUGCAUGGUGUUUGAGGCGCUUUGCUGAUAGAAUGGUGGGCCUUCGCAUUAGAGCUGUCCAAGAGAUCGGAGUUGCGAGGCUGGUUGCCGCAGGACUAGUCAUUCCAAUAUGCAUCGCGUGAUCCGGAUGUUCCUUCCA